AUGCCUGGCAAGAACAUUGUCGCCCCCGUCGUCCUCCCCGGGCGGAGAACGCGUACAGAAGAUGGUCCAUGGGCGAUCAGCGCCGCGGAGACGCCCCACGACCCGAGCUCGUACAGUCUGUACGUUAAGACCCCCACUCAUAAUCUCACCUUGACGCGCACGGCGCAAGAAAUCGUCGAGCUACAUGCCAAGCUGCGAGACAACUUCCCCGGUAUGAGGCUCCCCACACCCCCCAUCGACGCGUCCUCCCUCCCUGUGCCCCCGAAGCGCAAGUCAGCUUUCCUCAACACGCUCUCGCGCCUCGCUUCCCCCUCUGGCAGCAAGUCCGCUAAUGGGCGCAACGCAUCGGGUCGCCAGCCCUCGAAAAGCGUUCCAAGCAGUGCUUCGCCGAGCUCCUUCUCGUCGACCGUCCAGACCCCCAUCGCCACUCCGUCGAACGAGAUCGGCGACCCAUUCACCGAGAUUGGAGAAAACGGAGAAGACAUCUCUGCCCUCAUCGCGUCCAACAACAAAGUCGUCACCUCGCUCGUUGCGUACCUCACCGCCCUGGCCAACGACGCCACCGUUCGCGCGUCCCGCCCGUGGAAGAGGUUUGUCAGGGUUCGCACGGACGACCUCCAGAGCGUCCGGGUCGAACGCGCCGUCAAGCGGGUCCGGUCGGACUUGGCGGCUCACGUUAGCCCCGGGAAAUCGACGGAGAUGCAGCGUUCAAUCAGCCAAGUGGUGUUGGACGAAGACAAUAGAGCGACGGAGGGACCCGUGAGCGAGCAGAGUGGCGGGGCGGAGGAUGCCGACGGGGAGCGCGAAGCUGAGGAGGGCACUGCUGAAGGCCCCGAAGACCGGGCCCCGACCCCAAUGUCCCCGAAGCCUUCCACGACGUUCGUGGAGCCACGGAAACCGGAUGCCGACGAAGACGAGAAGUCCCCACACACACCGGUACAGUCGGAGGCGUCGUGGAAGCAACGUUCUCAAUCUGCGGAUCCCACGACCCGGAGCUCGCGGCUGUACUCGACCCCGUCAACAAACUCGCAAACCGAGACGGGCGACGACUCUUCAGUGUCGACGACGGAGCGACGUGUGCGGAAGAAACGCUCGAAGUCGAAGGACCCCAACCUCGAGAAGAAGUCGCAGCGGAAGGUUGUCGUCGAUGACUUUGAGAUGAUGCGGGUUCUGGGCAAAGGGUGCGCAGGCAAGGUUCUUCUCGUCCGCCACAAGUCGUCGCAGGACGUGUACGCGCUCAAGGCCAUCACCAAGCGGCAUGUUCUUGCGCACCAGGAACUGCAACACACGCUCACGGAGCAGGCGGUGCUGAAACGCAUGGCGGCGAACAAUUCGGAUCCAUUCGUGGUGAAGCUGUGGUGGAGUUUCCACGACAAGGACAACUUGUUCCUCGUCAUGGACUUUCACCCCGGUGGUGACCUUGCCACCCAGCUAGCGCGAUGGGGCCGGCUAGGUCGCGAUCGCGCUCGCUUCUACGCCGCCGAGAUCGUCGAGGGUGUCGAGGGUUUGCACAACGCCGGUGUCAUCUACCGCGAUCUCAAGCCAGAGAACAUCCUCAUCGGUGCCGAUGGGCAUAUCGUUCUCACCGACUUCGGUCUCUCCAAGGAGUUCCCUCGACGAACCGCCGCGAUUACCGCGCCUCCCACGCCGUCAGGUUCGCGUGGGGAGUUCCUCGACAAUGGGUCCGUACCACCUGUCCCCGCCAGCCCCCACUGGAUGAAGGGCGACGCGAGCAGCGACAAGUGGACCGCUGGACUGAACGACACGACGACGACGUUCUGCGGGACUGCCGAAUACCUCGCCCCCGAAGUUAUCCAGGGCUUACCGUACAGUUAUGAGGUUGACUGGUGGAGCUUCGGGACGAUGCUGUACGAGAUGCUCACAGGCAUCACUCCGUUCUGGGCGGAAAACCAUUCGGACAUGUACUACCGAGUGUUGCAAGACGAGUUGCAGUUCCCGGAGGAUCGAACGAUGGAUCAGGAUACGAAGAGUUUGAUUCGUGGGCUGCUUCAACGCAAUCCCGCACUCCGGAUGAAAGAACCCAGGGUCAAGAAGCACCCCUACUUCUCAAUGAUAGACUGGUCUCAUGUGUAUUAUAAACGCUACAUACCCCCGUAUAUUCCUCCCAUCGAUCCAUCGAAUGCCUCCGAUACCCAGAACUUCGACGAUACCUUCUUGGGAAUGGAACCUGUAAUCAAGGACGAGAAUGAGGAGGAGGCGGAGACGGAUCAAGAACGCACCGACGGCGAAGACUCGGCUACGACGCCUUCGCAGUCACGCAGCCCCUCCGUCCAUCAGCUCGACGACGACUCCGUGGACGUCUUCGAUGGCUACUCGUUCAAGGGACGGCAUUCGGUCAUCAUCGAUGACGAUGAGGAGGACGGAGAUGGGGAAGACGACGAGGAAGAAGAAGAGUCGAUCAGUGUACCCAGCCUCGACGACGUUCUGCCCGAAGAGCUGCCCACCUCCGACUCUGCUGUUGCGGUUCCAGAAGUCGAGGAGGUCUCCGUGCCGGAAGAUGUUGGUGAGCCCAAGACUCCGGAAGCCCGGCCGGCAACCUUACCCGUUGAGGCCGAACCAUCCAUCGUUGAGGAGCCCAAGACUCCCUCUGCGGAGCCUGCUGCACCAGCUACCCCUGUGGUGGACGCUGCUCCUGCUGUUCCCAAGGCCGCACAUGCGGCGGCGGCUGCGGCGACUCGUACUGCGGAAGACAUGAACAUCCGCACCGCUCCCAAAGUCCGUCCCGCGAAGGUCGCCCGAAACCGGAGGGAGAAGUCGGGUAUUCCAGCCCUCGACAAAGACCUCCCCGAUGCCACAGAAGACGAAGGGCGCGACGAGGACGACGAUGAUUGGGACUUCGUCGAGGCGGGUGGCAUGCUCGUCGAGGAGCGCAAUGGCGCCAAGGGCACGAGUCUGUUCGCGCGUGGGGUCGUCGAUCGCUACAAGCUUUCAGUAUUCCGCAAGAGUACCCCGCGGCGAUCUGGCCCACGCUCUUUCUCCGGCGUCUCCGUCGAGUCCGAGACCAUUGUCUCCGAGAGUUCCCCUUCACCUUCGGAGAAGCAGCGCCGCGGGCGGACUCCCGGGCUUACGUUCCGCAAACACCCAAAGCAGUUCCUCAAACAGAAGAGCCCUCCCCCGUCGACGCGGUCGCAGAAAUCGCUCGCUACGUCAAUGACCGCGACGCUCUCCGCAGCGUCGACUGUCUCGAGUACCGGCUUCCUCACACCUUCUCCGUCUCAGGGCGGGGUAUCGCCGUCGCUCAAGUCGAAGGAGUCUGCGCUGUCCAUGGGCGCGCCGAGUGAAGCCUCGGACACAUCUGGAGACCGCGACCCGGCGCAUGAUACGAUCAGGCUCGGGGCGGUCGGCGGCGGAGAGGAAGAGAAGCAGCACAAAAACAAGGUGUUGAAGAAGUACAAAGAAGGGGCGGAGAAAGUGCUCUCCAUCUUCCAAUCACCGCGGUAG